GUGAUGAGAUACGGUGCGUGUUAUUGAGUAGUUGUUUGUAUAGGGAAAGUAAAGGAACUAAACGGAUUUGCAAGUAAUACUAAAAACUAGGAAAAAAUAAUUAUUAGCGACCUUAACUCGCCUCAAAAUAUCCAAUCCAUUCACCUCCAAGUUUGUUUGAACAACUUACCUGUUUCUAGGCCUAUUUCUGCUUUAACGAAAAAUAUACAAUACCUACCACCUAUCUUGGCCACCAAAAUCCCCAAUAAGACGCAAGAAAAGAAAAACCGCAAAUGUCCAACCCCUCACCCUCACCGUCCGCAGCCAUGCUCCCCCCGGAGCUAACCCUCAUCGUGGCCGCCACGCGUACCAUGGGCAUCGGCCGCAGCGGCACGCUCCCAUGGACCGGGCUCAAGAAGGAAAUGGCGUACUUUGCGCGCGUGACAAAGCGCCUACCGCCACCACCUUCGGGUUCCCCCCCUGCGCUGAACGCCGUCAUCAUGGGCCGCAAGACCUGGGACAGCAUACCGCCUAAAUUCCAGCCGCUGAAGGGGCGUCUCAAUAUCGUCGUCAGCAGAUCGCAUGCUGGCUCCGAACAGGAAACGGCGGGGGAAGGCCCGGUAAGGGUAGACUCGCUGGAGCAAGCGCUCGCGCACCUCAAGGCCGCUAGUAAUAUUGGCCGGGCGUUCGUCAUCGGUGGCGCGCAGAUCUACGGAGCGGCGCUGGGACUUAAGGAGGCGCGACGCGUGCUGCUGACGAGGGUGUUGUCGCCGGAUUUCGAGUGCGACACGUUCUUCCCUCUUGGCCUCCAGGAAGAAGAUAAGGCUGGUGGUCAAUGGAACGGCUGGGUGAAGAGGUCUAAGGAGGAGCUGGAUGCUUGGACUGGGGAGACGGUACCUGAGGGUGUGCAGGAGGAGAAUGGGACGCGGUACGAGUUUGAGAUGUGGGAGCGGGUUGAUUGAGUUGACUUCGUUCUGUCUAAGGUACCUUUACGGUCUGGUAUAUAUGUACAUGAAUAAAUCUCGCUUUGAGAUCGCUUUUAACUUCUAUUUUUACUGCGCGCAAAAAAGACAACG